CUUUCAAAUAGAAAUCUGUUGCCUUCAUCUGUGGUGGGCGCGCGCUCUUUCUGACUCGGUCGGAGCUGUCAUGGCGGCGUCUUACACGGCUGAAGCGAGGCUGGACCGUUACAGGUGGAGUGGCCAAGCGGGUGCUGCUCGGAGUCCUUGGCCUCCGGACGACGCGGCGGUGACGCGGAGUCUCCAGGCGGAGCUGGAGGAUGUCGGCGAAGGAAACGGGGGUCUGCUGGGUACCGCUGGGAGACUGGACGGCGUUUUUGCGUCCCGGGCUGGCAUUGCCCGGUUGCACCACGAACGGGACGGGUCGGCGCGACGUUGGCCCAGCCGGGCCUGUUCUGUGUUCUGUUGCCUCCUGGCCGUGUGUUUGCUCGCUUUUCUCCUGGCCAUCGCCUGCCUAGUGCUGAAAGACUUGCACUUUGAGAAAGGGAAGACUGAUGAAAGUAUAGAAACAAACAUUUUAGGAUUUUGGAGUCUCCUUAUUCUUGCUUUAGUGUCAGGUCUGUCAUGUUGCAGUUUUUCUUGGACAGUGACCUAUUUUGACUCCUUUGAACCGGGAAUGUUUCCUCCUACGCCACUCUCACCUGCACGAUUCAAGCGAAUGACUGGGCAUUCCUUUCAUGUGGGCUAUAGUAUGGCCAUUCUGAAUGGUAUAGUGGCAGCUCUCACAGUGGUAUGGUGUCUCCUUUAGUCUGCAUGGACUCUGUAUCUCUCAAUAUAUCAGCCAUAUGGAGACCACUUGAAUGCCUUAGUGCAGUAGGUCACGUUCUUCAGAAUUAGUUUUUCCACGCAAUUGCCAAAUAUUCCAAGAAGCAGCUGGCAACAGCAUGGAAACACACCACAUGGUUGGACAUGAAUUGGCAGGCAGCCAUAAUAGACAAAAUGCCUCUGUGCAUGAAGCAGUUGCCACAGUGACAGUUUCAGACUGACUUUGUGUAGCAACCAUAUUAUGAGAACAUGCUUUGAUUAGCACUGUUAGAAUGCUGAAGAUGCGCACUGAAUUAAUACUAAGGAAUUUCCCUGUCAUGUCAAAUGAAAUUUCAGAUACUAAUUCAUCCUAUUUGUUGUUAAAUUCGUAGAAUUAUAUUUUGUCUUAUGUGGCAGAAGCAUGAAAGUGGAGGCAUAUGUUUUCUAAAAUCAGAGACUAAAUUGGGGCUUGUAUUUCUGGAGUGAUACAGUUUGUUAACUUACUAUUUCAGUGCUGUUGAGGGAUUUAAAAUCAUGCAUCAAGUCUUAAGGUCACAUACUGUUAAAUGAUUUGUAUUUUAUAAUUGCCUGAAGUGGUAUUAUGACAGACCUCUAUCACUCUCCUCACACUGGCAUGAACUUUCCUGCUGAAAUCCUUUGAUUCCCUGCUGUGACUGAGCAGCCCUUCAUAAAAUGUAAAUGAGGUUUUUGAAAGAAUUUCUAUCCCACAGAAUAUAAUUUGGCUUUUAGC